CAUGCGCCGGAGCCAGGGUAGAUGAUCUGAAGAUAGUUAAAAAACGAUCUUGAAGGACUUGAAGCAAGCUCUUCAAUUCCGCCCGAUUACAAUCUGAGUGUUUAUAAUUUAUAUACUUGUAUUUUUAAACACUGAAAAUUAAAUGAUUUGCGAAUAAAAUUGUUACAAUAAACAGUGUACGAAAAUGACUUUAUUCACUAAUUUAAAUAAUGUCAAGAUACUCCAAGAAAUUUUAAAGUCAUUCAUUAUACAACGAUGUAUUCAUGUUAGCUCAACAAUAAAUAGAGUUCAAUCAGGUCGAUACAGAGUAACUUUAAAAAAGAACAGACCAUUAACAUAUGAAAUGGCAUACAAACCAAAUGAAAUAGCAAGCAAAAAAUCAUGGAACUCUUGGAAUACAUCAAAUAUUGAUAAUGGAAAUAGGCCUAUGGAAAGUGCCAUAGAAGACAUGUUCAUAAGAAGAUUCAUGAUUGGAACUUGGCAUUCACUUUUUCUUAGUGAAAUAUUAAUUAAACGACAUCAUAAUUUAGUUAGAAUAGCUGGUGUUAUAAGACAGGGCUUUGACCCAAGAAAAAUUUAUUUUUUAACUGGUUAUACUGAAGAACUUCUUAGUUAUUAUUUACAUUGUCCUGUUAAAAUAGAAAUACAGACUAUAGAAAACAAAGAAAAUAUUAUUUAUAAAUAUAUAUAA